AUGUAUAGAAAGCUCCACAAGAAAAUCGUGAAUCUUAAAGCAAAAAUAGACAAUUUUACCACAAGAAACCAAUCUCCACUGAAAGAUUCUUCAUUGGAAUUAGCUAGCAAUUUAAAUACCAAAAGGAAGUAUUUUAUAGUAAUUGGAAUCAACACGGGUUUUAGCAGCAGAAAAAGAAGAGAAUCCAUUCGGGCUACAUGGAUGCCUCAAGGGGAGAAAAGAAAAAGGCUUGAGGAAGAAAUAGGAAUUGUUACACGCUUCAUCAUUGGCCAUAGUGCAAGAGAAGGGAACAUUCUUGAUAAUUCCAUUGAAGAAGAGGAAAAACUUUAUGGAGAUUUUAUGAGGCUGAAUCAUACUGAAGCAUACUUGGAUCUAUCGGCUAAGACAAAAAUAUACUUUGCUACUGCAGUCAAAACUUGGGAUGCAGAUUUCUAUGUUAAAGUGGACGAUGAUGUUCAUGUAAAUAUAGGAGCAUUGGCGAAAACAUUACUUAGCCAUGUCAACAAGGCCCGUGUCUAUAUUGGGUGCAUGAAGUCUGACCCUGUGCUUACUGAAAAGGAAGAGAAACACCGAGAACCUGAAUAUUGGAAAUUUGGUGACAUGGAAAACAAGUAUUUCCGCCAUGCGGGUGGACAAAUAUACGGUAUCUCCAAAGAAUUAGCUACUUAUAUAUCCAAAAACCAAGAUGUUCUACACAAGUAUGCAAAUGAAGAUGUUUCUUUGGGGACUUGGAUGAUCGGUUUAGAUGUUGAACAUGUUGAUGAUAGGAGCUUAUGUUGUGGCACCCCUGUUUGCGAGUGGAAGAAUUUGAUUGGACAUACUUGUGUGGCAACGAUUGAUUGGGCGUGUAGUGGCAUAUGUGACUCUGAAGAUAGGAUAUACGAUGUUCAUAAGAGAUGUAGCGAGCAUGAAGACGACUUGUGGAAGGCUAUUGUUUGAUUUGGGGAUAUUAUGCCUGCAUUUUUCUGAGCGAAUGCAUGUAAAUGCUUCUUCCACCUCAAUGAUUAUAUACCCAAAGUAUAUUUAAAAAUAAUGCAAUGAUAGUGUGUUUA